AUGUUGAAAGGUCUAGGCUCGGCCGGGCUUCUGUCUUUGCCACUUGUGAUAUCGUCCUCGGCGACGCUUCUUUACGUGUCAUCGUAUGCCGGCACAGUCACCACGCUAAACCUGACCCUGCCUAGUGUCGACAACACCACCACUGCUGCACUUGAGGCUAUCUCGAGUUCAACUGGGUGUGCAUCAAGCCCAUCAUGGCUUACCCUUGACUCCACCAAAUCAGUUCUCUACUGCACAGAUGAGGGGUUGACCACACCCUUGGGGUCUUUGUCGUCUUUCCAAACCAACAGUGAUGGCAACUUGGUUCAACUUGACCAACUCAGCGUAAUUUCUGGUCCAGUCAGUGCAAUCAUCUAUGGAGGUGGAGAAGGCUUAGCUUUGGCACAAUAUGGCGGCUCGAGUUUCAGUACUUUCUCAGUUGCGGACCCCUCUGUGUUGGAGCCCUUGCAGAACCGGACAUUCAAGCUUCAACAGCCUGGUACCGUCCCUGACCGGCAGGAUGCUCCACAUCCCCAUGAGGCUUUGCUCGACCCUACCGGAGGGUACAUUCUCGUCCCAGACUUAGGCGCUGAUCUGGUCCGAGUGUUUCGCGUGGAAGAAGGGGGGCUUAACUGGACUGCAAUAGAUGCUCUGGUUGCUGCUCCUGGCUCUGGUCCACGACACGCCACUUUUUUGGUCACCGGCAACAGGACUUAUUUGUAUCUCAUCCAAGAGCUGGCCAAUACGAUCACUGGGUACGACGUCACAUACAACAGUGACUCUACAUUAGGGUUUACCGAAUUAUUCACAAUAACCACCCAUGGGGCUGGAGGCAUUGUUCCUAGCGGCGCAGCAGCAGCGGAGAUUACACUAACACCUGACAACAACUUCUUAAUUGUCUCUUCCCGUAACGAGAGCUCUCUCACGAUACCCAAUUUCGAUGUGAGCAACAGUACUGAGAUUGUUUCCGACGCUCUCAUUACUUUCUCUGUAGACCAUAGCUCUGGAGAUCUAGCCCUACUCCAGACCUUUCCUGCAGGUGGACGGUUCCCACGACAAUUUUCUAUCAACAAAGCAGGUGACCUGGUAGCUGUUGGACUACAAUCAGACAGUCGUGUCGUAAUCAUUCAGCGUGACACUGAGAGUGGUCUUUUAAAGCGGUUCAUAGCCAAUGCCACGGUGGCUGGUGAGGUUACCUCAGUAGUAUUUGAUGAGUAG